AUGGAUGCCAGGGCGGAGUCGCCCGACCUGGGCAAACCCCAGUUCGAGUCGCACAGUUGGCUCGAACCCAUCAUCGUUGUGAGCAUCAUGAUUGGCUCCUUAAUUAUUAACCGCCGCAGAGGCUUCAGCAUUUUUGGCAGCAGAACAACGGUAGAUGCGUAUGAUAACGACAGCUCGACGGAGGACUAUCCCUCCAAGAUCCCCACAAUAUGCGGCAUCGCCAUUGAAGUCCCGGAUUCAUCUCGCUGGGCGCACCACAUCCACAGCAGGAUCCUGCAGAAAUUCCCGUUUCUGGUCGAAAUGUUCUACUGGGCUGUCAACUAUCUGUUUUACUCUGUCACGAAAGCUACGUCGCAGUGGCUGUCCCCCGCCGAGAUUGGCGUCGUCCAGGUCGCACAGGAUCACGGCGUCGGGAUCUUGAACUUCGAGCAUCACUCCAUCGCGCGGUUUUUCUUUCCGAUCGAGGAAUCCGACUUUCAGUCAUUUUUCCUCAAUGGACAUCAGUCCAUCAUGACCUUCUUCAACCGCAUUUACUCUCUUGUCCAUAUCCCCGGAACCGUGCUAUUCUUGGGCUGGUACUACUAUGCCGCCGAAAACCACAACACCUUUGCCGUUGCGCGACGGACCAUGACCCUCGGCAACUUCGCUGCGUUCAUCAUCUUCUGCUUCUACCCCUGCAUGCCGCCCCGGCUGCUCCCCGACUCUUACGGCUUCUACGACACCGUCCGCCAAGAGCACGCAGAGAGCGUCUGGGCGGGCGGGAAGUCCGUCAACCAGUUCGCCGCGAUGCCGAGUCUGCAUUUCACCUACGCGUUCGUCAUCGGGUGCACCUUCAUCUACCACUCGGGCCUCGUGCACAGACUGCAGGGCCGACCGGUCCGCAAGUCCCCCCUCACGCAGAUCUUCUUCAUGGUCAUGGCGUUCGUGUACCCCCUGCUCGUGCUGAGUGUCAUCAUCGCAACUGCAAACCACUACUGGCUGGACGCGACGGUCGCCACCUUCACCAUCACCAUCUGCUUCUUGGGGAACCGGGUCCUGCUGCUCCUCCUCCCGGUCGAGUACUACAUCUGCUGGGCGCUGCGGCUCGCAAAGCCUGUCCCGACCACGGGCGACCAGAACCUGUACAAGUGGCGCCAGGAGCGUGGAGAUGCGCCUUUGCUGGCGGAGCAGGAUUCUGACCGGUUCUCCGAUUUGGUUGUUUGA